CACGGCAUCUGUGCUAAUCGAUACAGAGUUCAAGAGCCUACUCCACCAAAUGCUACGUAAAAUUUGAUGGUCUUCGGACUACAGUCUCCUCAAAAGAUGGAUUCGCUUUUGUAUUUAGGUGGUUUGGUUGUCCUUUUCCUAGUGUGGAUCAAAGUCAAAGGUGUAGAGUACGUGAUCGUGCACCAGCGCUGGAUAUUUGUCUGUUUAUUCCUCCUGCCCCUCUCCGUUAUAUUUGAUGUGUAUUACUAUGUGCGCGCGUGGAUCAUCUUCAAAAUGUGUUCUGCACCAAAACUUCACGACCAGCGCGUGCGAGACAUUCAGAGACAGGUUCGUGAGUGGAGAAAAGAUGGGGGUAAAAAGUUCAUGUGUACUGGUCGGCCUGGCUGGCUCACGGUGUCCUUGCGAGUUGGAAAAUACAAGAAAACACAUAAGAACAUCAUGAUCAACAUGAUGGACAUCCUGGAGGUGGACACACACAGACAGGUGGUGCGUGUUGAACCUCUGGCCAACAUGGGGCAGCUGAGUGCUCUCCUCAACCCAAUAGGCUGGACUCUGCCAGUGCUGCCUGAACUUGAUGACCUCACUGUAGGUGGGCUGGUGAUGGGCACAGGCAUCGAGUCCUCCUCUCACAUCUACGGCCUGUUUCAGCACAUCUGUGUGGCCUUUGAGCUGGUGUUGGCCGAUGGGAGUUUGAUCCGCUGCACUAAGGAGGAAAAUCCAGACCUCUUCCAUGCGGUCCCUUGGUCUUGUGGUACACUGGGAUUCCUUGUUGCAGCUGAAAUCAAAAUAGUUCCUGCUAAAUCAUGGGUGAAGCUGCACUAUGAGCCAGUGCAGGGCCUGGACAACAUCUGUAAACGUUUCACGGAGGCGUCACAAAACAAACAGAACACAUUUGUGGAGGGUAUCCAGUACUCGCUUGAUUCGGCUGUGAUAAUGACAGGAACCAUGACGGACCACGCCGAACCAGAUAAGAUCAACAGAAUCGGGCUGCAUUUCAAACCCUGGUUCUUCAAACACGUGGAGGGAUACCUCAAAAGAGACAGUUCUGGAGUGGAAUAUGUUCCACUCAGACACUAUUACCACAGACACACACGCAGCAUCUUCUGGGAAAUACAGGAUAUUAUUCCUUUUGGAAACAACCCUGUGUUUCGUUGGCUGUUUGGGUGGAUGGUCCCUCCGAAAAUCUCACUGCUAAAGUUGACUCAGGGGGAAACAAUUCGUCAACUUUACGAACAACACCAUGUGGUUCAGGACAUGCUUGUGCCCAUGAAACAUCUGCAGGACGCCAUCACAUGCUUCCACCAAGAAAUAAAUGUUUAUCCUCUGUGGCUAUGUCCAUUUACUUUGCCACCGGGCCGAGGUAUGGUCCACCCCAAAGGCCAAGAGGAGGAGCUGUAUGUGGACAUUGGAGCUUAUGGAGAACCCAAAGUCAAACAUUUUGAAGCCAAAGCCUCCACACGACAGCUGGAGAAGUUUGUCAGGAAUGUGCAUGGGUUCCAGAUGUUGUAUGCUGAUGUGUACAUGGACCACAAGGAGUUCUGGGAGAUGUUUGAUGGACAGUUGUAUCAUCGUCUGCGAGAGGAGCUGGGCUGUAAAGAUGCAUUUCCAGAGGUGUACGGCAAAAUCUGCAAAACUGCUCGACAUUAACCACAAAGAGCCUACUCACAGACAGCAUGUUGAGUUAUCUGAAUUUUGCUCUGAUGCCCCUAUUUCUUUAUUUUCUGAUCAUUAUAAUUAAUUGUUAGUUCUUAUUAUAAUACAUGAGCUACUAAACAGUACAUUUCUGUGUAAAUAUUGGAGGAUUUAAUUUAUAAUGUUCAUAUUUUUUAUAUAAGAACUGCAUAUAGGCUUACAGAUGUCUAUAUAUAUUUUCUUGGUUCGUAUUUGUAAGGAAACCAUUUUUAAUAGAAACUAAUUGACUAAUAAAACAUCUAUUCAUGC